AUGAACUCAACUUUCCAGUUCUCGUUUUACUAUAAAGCAAACAACAACCUUGCUCAAAUUCGGGACUUCUCUCUACCCGAAACAACAACACAUCAAUCUCAGUUUUUGUUCGUGAUUCACGCUCUAUUUGCGCUAUCUCGGUCCUCAUCGAAUCAACAAAUAAGCAACAAAAAACAACAAUAUUACAAUAAACAGUUCAGAGAAACAAACAUGGGUGCAAAAAUUAUAGGAGAAAAAUACCUAUCGGACUCCCUCCUAUGGGAUUCAAGAAGAGGUGUUUCUGCGAUGAUGGUAAUUUCGGUGUUUGGAUUGAACGUUGGUGAUACGUUUCUAUUUGCUUCUGAUGUUGUUGUUGCGUUUCUUAUUUGUAGGCUCAUUGUUAUCGGUGUUGUAUGA